GGUAACAAAGGUGUGGAUAGAUGAUAUUGAAAGGCUGGUGUUGGAAAAACUUGAUAAGAAAGGUCAUGAAGAGGAAGUUGUCUGACUUAUCUGCCUUUACAUUCUAGUCGUCUUGUUCUUUUGUCGUUCAAGCGGAGACAAUUUAGAUGUCUCGUAUGUUGGUUUGGUUAAGGAUUUGGAAACCAUGGACUCUGUCUCUUUUCCUGAUCUUAUUCAUGAACACCUGAUGGAGAGCAUCAAUACUGUCAAAAGAAACAAUCUUCAUAUCAGGAAUUGCAGUGGUUGCACUAUAUAUUCUCUUCUUUGGUUGGCUGAGCAUUCUAACAUAGAUGAGAUAUCAUCAGACAUCGUCAAGGUCAUUUCCAAUACUACACCGAGAGCUGCGAAAUGGGACUUGGCAGCAAUGAAGAAAGCAAUGCUCAAGAAGAAUAUUACGUUCUUAAAGUAUAAUGAGAAAUUUAGAGAUGAGUACAGUGCAAUGGAGAUGGAAUUCUGUGAACCAAGAAAACCAAGAAAAAGGAAAGAGAUAUAUGGUCUCGUCGCAAUGAAUCUUGAAGAGAACAGGGACAAGUAUGAAGAAGCAUUUCUGGAUGCGAUUAAGAUCAUUGAACAAGAAACGUGUCCCCCCGAUGGUGCUGAAGCAAGGUUGCAGAUCAUUGAAGCAAAGCUGAAAGACAUGAAGCAGACUCGGGAAAGGAAUAGACAGAGCGGAGUAGACUUCAAUGAAAAGUUGUAUAAUUACGUGAAGGAAUUGCUUGUUGAUUGUGGCAACAUAGAAGUGCAGGAGGAGUCGUCAGGUGGACCUAGUGUCAAUGUAUCAUCAGCUGAGCCAAGCGACCCAUUGAGCCAAAACUUUCCAAGGAAUGAGACUCUUGUUGAACUGGUAUCUUCAACUGAACCACCUACACAAGAAUCAGUGCCAGAAAUUAUCAGACUCGAUAGCCAAGACCAAACGGCUAGUCAAGGUAUCCAGUCUUCACCUUUCAAGUUCAUGGACAUGGAAAAAGCUGUUAAUCUCUCCAGCGACGACAAGGAAACAGAAACUCAAGUGGAAUCGGAGACAACACCAAAUAUAGCAACAACACAAGAAAGACUUGAAGCACAUGAAAGAGACUUUUUGGCCGGUGGUGAUGAUGACAUUCUUCCAGAAACUCAGAAGAAAGCAGAAGAAUAUAUGGUGCCCACAUUUAAUCUGCAUUUAUCACAACCUGCUGCUGCAAUUAAAGAUGAUGCUGGUGGACCACAAGAGCAAGCUGAAAAUAUGCAACAACCCGCUGUUGAGAUACCACAACAUCAAACUGAAGAACCACAACAAUCAGAAGAGCCAGUGGCUGAAAAGACACAACAAGUAGCUGUUGAGAUGGUUGUUGAUGCAGAGAAGGAGAUGGUGGUUGAGAAUCCUUUAACUCCUGGUGCCACACAAGAUGCUGAAAAAGAAAAAGGCUAUAAUGAAGAUGUUGAGAUGGAGACCGUUUCAAAAAACCUGGAAGAAGACGUAGGAGGGGAAUUUGUACCAAGAACAGAAUUUUUGAAGAGGUCACCAUUGAAGAAAAAGUCAGUAUUGAAGCGAAAAGCAAACAAGGCAGAAGAGGAUGAGAAGCAACCAGGAAGCAAGGUAAGAAGAAUCAAGGAAAGGACAACAUGUAAUGAAAGGACAACCAGUGUGCUACUCAAAGAUUGUGAGCUAGGGAAGCAGAAGAAGCAAAAAGACAAGCCUGAUGAGAAUAAAGUUUAAGAAAAAAAUCCCCGUACGUCUACUGGCUUGCCGUUCAGAAAAUUACCUCCGCUGGAAACAAUGGAAUGCUUUCAAGAUUACAAGGAUACAAUAGAACCAGCCAUGAUGGAAGUACUGAAGACAUACUUUGAGAAUGCCAACAGCCUAAGUUCGGCUUGGAGUAUCAGAGAAGGAGAAG